AGUCAGUCAGUCGUCACUCGGUCAGUCAGACGCGCAGACAGACAGACAGACGGGUGCUGGACAAUGGCUGCUCUUCUUCCUCCUCCUACUCCUCGUCGUCGUUGCUUCCUCCAUGACCGACAACGAUGUCCGUCGCAGCUCUACCGUUCUGCUCUCUCUUCCUGGGAGGUCGGUCGUUCAGAACAAAAGAAAAAAUAAAGAAAAGAAAAGCCUUCAGCCCACCCGAUGGUACUUACACUCGAUACCUGUGUACCGUACCUUGCCUCCAACACCCCGUCACGACCCAGAAAAAGAAGGCCUGAGGUCCCAAGGUCCAAAAAUCGCGAGAGGUACGUACCCGCUCUCAACCCCGGUCAGACGCUCCACACCAACAACCCACACGUACAGUAGAGUACCUACCUCUCCCCCCACCGCAGUCACUUCCCACACCUCCCUCCCUCUCUCCUUCCUCCUCGUCUUCUUCUUCUCCUUCUCUCAGGUGCUGGCCCCUUCCUUCUCCGGGGGUCCCUGCUCCCUCCUUCCUUCCUUCCUCCCUCCCCUCCCUCUUGUCUUCUCAUUCUUUUUUGGCCCAUGUCCUUUCCCCCCCCAUGCCAUACUGCUACCUACCUAGUAAAUUGUACGUGUACAUACUUACCUGUAGUAUUUCCUCUCACCGCGAUUCACCCCAUGUCUCUCUUUCCCUUUUCUUGUAACGUUCACCCCCCGCCGCCCCCAGUCUCUCACACCCCCCUCAGUACUUCACGCCCCC